AUGCAUGGUCACUCGCAUCAACUGCACAUACACCCGCAUAGGCAAAGGUAGGCGAGACACCGCCAACGUGGAUAUCGCCUCGCUCCUCAAGGGUUCCGACUCAAAUGAGUCCUCGGCCGCUCGUCCGCAGCAAGCCCAGUCGACCUCUGAGUCCCCGCCGACGGCACCGACAGCCACCACCACGAGCGGACCGCCGUCGUACUAUUCUUCGUACACACCGAAUAUCACGCCGCCCUCUACACUAACGCCGCCGCAGUAUACAUCAAGCUCUUUUGGCCCCGGGCCUGGUCCAUCUUACGCACCUCCUCCGCCAUUACUGGGGCAGGGACCGGGCCCGGUAGCGGGACCAGCUCCUGGUACAUCCUUUGCCCCCGCGCCCAGCUACGGGCCCGCGGGCGCCCCUGGAUUCACGCAAGGCCUCACGGCUGUUCCGGGCUCCGGUGCCGUCGGACCUCCUCAAUCAAGGAGAACAAUGGCGCCGCACAUGGCUGAAGGGCCCCAGGCCGCCAAGAAACAGAGCAAAUGGACUCCAGAAGAAGAUGCCAUCAUCAUAGAGCUUCGUGGCAGUGGCAUGAAGUGGGAUGAGAUAUCCAAGCGCUUACCAGGCCGCAGUUCCAUUAGCUGCCGGCUGCACUACCAGAAUUAUCUUGAAAGGCGUAGUGAAUGGGAUGAGGAGCGCAAGAACAAACUUGCGAGGCUAUAUGAGCGACUGAAAGCCGAAAUGUGGGCCAAACUUGCAGAGGAGAUGCAAGUGCCUUGGCGAGCAGCCGAGGCAAUGCAUUGGCAGAUUGGCGAGCACGAGAUGGCACGCCGUGCAGGCACUACCCCCUUUUCCCUCUCUGGAAGCAGCGUCGAGAACCCUCACCACCGAGCCUCGCCUUCUAGAGGUCAUCAUCACCACGCACACUCACAAACCAGCGUUCCACGCGAUUUUUACAGCGGGCGUGGCACCCCGGGUAUGCCCACACAUCUUCCACCCGGUCGAACCCUUGCCACCAGACCACAAAGUCAACAUGAGCUAGGUGACCCGGGAAUGAUGUAUGGCAGUGCCCCACCGCCUCGCCACAACCUCGCACCCAUACAUACUGGGACGCUUCCACCACCAAGCGCGGGCCGAGGUGGCGGCAUGCUCCCUGGGGUAUCGGAGCUCACAACCGGCGUGAGCCCGUACAGUACGCCAGCAUACUCUAUGGGAAUGCCCGGCACGAGUCCCGUGCAUAGCCAAACUGCAAGCCCAGGACCAUUUAUGUCGACGCCUUCGUCAUAUCAACUCAUGGACCCUUCUGGUGUCAAGAGGCGCGCAAGCCCUGGCUACGGUCCUGAAGCGAGUCGUCGGAGGCAAUACGACCCACGAUCGGAUGAACAGAGUGAGCUUGCAAGUCGCCGCAUGAUGUAG